AUGGGCGCAACGGACACCUCGUUGAUCACUCCAAAAGAGAACAUGUCAUCACAAAAUACCUCUGUAGUUUCCAUUUCUGAACAAACGACACCACAACAAGAUAAUACAGAUGGGGGCGAUAUUGUAUUGUCCAACAAUUCUUACAGACAGAAAGAGAUGUUAAACAGCACACCUGCAUCUUUCACAACCAACUCUUCGAAAUCAGAUGAUAUGUGUACCCAACUAAAGGAAUGCAGGUUGCAAACAUUAGAUAUCACCAAAGUCUUAGACAACGACAGUAUUAAUGCUUUGGAAGAUUGGGAUACAGCAUACAAAACACUCCUCGGAGAAAUAUCCUCUAGUGAUGCCAAUUGGUCUACACACGAUCUGCCACUCAAUCAUGACAUAGACAAGAUGGAUGAUGAAGGAUACACACCACUUUACAAAGCAGCUUUAGAGGGAAACCUCAAUGAGGUUGAGGGUCUAAUUUCACAGGAAGCAAACCUGGAUAAACCAAGCAAGGGAGGGCUUCGACCUCUUCAUGCUGCAGCUCAAGAGGGACAUGAAGACGUCGUUGAUUUCCUCAUCCUACAUGGAGCGGAUCCAAGUGUUGAAUGUGACAUGGGUCAGACACCCCUUCAUAAAGCAGCACUAGAAGGGUAUUCCAAUAUCAUAGACAGUCUUAUUGCAGAAGGGGUUGAUGUGAACAAGGAAGAUAACACGGGUUUUACACCAUUCAAUGCUGCCAUUUACAAAGGGCAUCUAGCUGUCAAAUAUCUCAUGGAUAAAGGAGCCAAGCAGAACAGGUAUGAUGGAAUGACCCCACUCUAUGCUGAAGCUGAAUACGAUCAUUUCGAUAUUGUAAAAUUCUUCAUUUCCAAUGAAGCUGAUGUGAAUGAAGUUGACGAUGAUGGGAUGAUUCCUCUUCAUGAUGCUGCUAGUGAAGGCCGUCUAGAUAUCAUGGAGUAUCUCACUGAGUUUGGGUCAGAUGUAAACAAGGCUGAUCCAAAGGGUUAUACACCAUUCAAUGCUGCUACCCAAUACGGUCAUCUAGAAGCUAUCAAAUAUCUCAUUGAUAACGGAGCCAAGCAGAACAGGUAUGAUGGAAUGACCCCACUCUAUGCUGCAGCUCAAUUCGGUCAUUUCGAUAUUGUAAAUUUUUUCAUUUCCAAUGGAGCUAAUGUGAAUGAAGUUGACGAUGAUGGGAUGAUUCCACUUCAUGGUGCUGCUAGAAGAGGCCAUCUAGAUAUCAUGGAGUAUCUCAUUGAGUUAGGGUCAGAUGUGAACAAAGCUAAUCCAGAGGGUUGGACACCAUUCAAUGCUGCUAUCCAAUACGGUCAUCUAGAAGCUGUCAAAUAUCUCAUGGAUAAAGGAGCAAAGCAGAACAGAUAUGAUGGAAUGACCCCACUGUUUGCAGCUUCAUAUUUUGGUCACUUAGACAUCGUGAAAUUCCUCAUCUCCAAUGGCACUGAUGUGAAUGUAGAAAAUGAUAAUGGAAGGAUUCCUCUUCACGGUGCUGCUAUCAGUGGUAACAUGAAGAUCAUGGGAUAUCUCUUUCAAGAAGGGUCAGAUGUGAACAAAGCUAAUCAAAAGGGUUGGACACCAUUCAACGCUGCUAUCGAAUACGGUCGUCUAGAAGGUGUCAAAUAUCUCAUAGAAAAGGGAGCCAAGCAGAACAGGUAUGAUGGAAUGACCCCACUCUAUGCUGCAGCUCAAUUCGGUCAUUUAGAUAUCGUGAAAUUCUUCAUCUCAAAUGGCGCUGAUGUGAAUGAAGUUGACGAUAAUGGGAUGAUUCCACUUCAUGGUGCUGCUAGAAGAGGCCAUCUAGAUAUCAUGGAGUAUCUCAUUGAGUUAGGGUCAGAUGUGAACAAAGCUAAUCCAGAGGGUUGGACACCAUUCAAUGCUGCUAUCCAAUACGGUCAUCUAGAAGCUGUCAAAUAUCUCAUGGAUAAAGGAGCCAAGCAGAACAGAUAUGAUGGAAUGACCCCACUGUUUGCAGCUUCAUAUUUUGGUCACUUAGACAUCGUGAAAUUCCUCAUCUCCAAUGGCACUGAUGUGAAUGUAGAAAAUGAUAAUGGAAGGAUUCCUCUUCACGGUGCUGCUAUCAGUGGUAACAUGAAGAUCAUGGGAUAUCUCUUUCAAGAAGGGUCAGAUGUGAACAAAGCUAAUCAAAAGGGUUGGACACCAUUCAACGCUGCUAUCGAAUACGGUCGUCUAGAAGCUGUCAAAUAUCUCAUAGAAAAGGGAGCCAAGCAGAACAGGUAUGAUGGAAUGACCCCACUCUAUGCUGCAGCUCAAUUCGGUCAUUUAGAUAUCGUGAAAUUCUUCAUCUCAAAUGGCGCUGAUGUUAAUGAAGAACAUGAUGAUGGGAGGAUUCCUCUUCACGGUGCUGCUGGUAGAGGCCAUCUAAAUAUCAUGGAGUAUCUCGUUCAAGAAGGGUCUGAUGUGAACAAGGCUGAUCCAAAGGGAUGGACACCAUUCAAUGCUGCUAUUUACAAAGGGCAUCUAGAAGUUGUCAAAUAUCUCAUAGAUAAAGGAGCCAAGCAGAACAGAUAUGAUGGAAUGACCCCACUGUUUGCAGCUUCAUAUUUUGGUCACUUAGACAUCGUGAAAUUCCUCAUCUCCAAUGGCACUGAUGUGAAUGUAGAAAAUGAUAAUGGAAGGAUUCCUCUUCACGGUGCUGCUAUCAGUGGUAACAUGAAGAUCAUGGGAUAUCUCUUUCAAGAAGGGUCAGAUGUGAACAAAGCUAAUCAAAAGGGUUGGACACCAUUCAACGCUGCUAUCGAAUACGGUCGUCUAGAAGCUGUCAAAUAUCUCAUAGAAAAGGGAGCCAAGCAGAACAGGAAUGAUGGAAUGACCCCACUCUAUGCUGCAGCUCAAUUCGGUCAUUUAGAUAUCGUGAAAUUCUUCAUCUCAAAUGGCGCUGAUGUGAAUGAAGUUGACGAUGAUGGGAUGAUUCCACUUCAUGGUGCUGCUAGAAGAGGCCAUCUAGAUAUCAUGGAGUAUCUCAUUCAAGAAAGGUCAGAUGUGAACAAGGCUGAUCCAAAGGGUCGGACACCGUUCAACGCUGUCAUUCAAUAUGGUCAUCUAGAAGCUGUCAGAUUUCUCAUCGAGAAAGGAGCAAAGCAGAAGAGGUAUGGUGGAGCGACCCCACUAUAUGCUGCAGCUCAAUUCGGUCAUUUAGACAUCGUGGAAUACUACAUUUCGAAGGGCGCUGAUGUGAAUGAAGAAAAUGAUAGUGGAAGGAUUCCUCUUCACGGUGCUGCUUUCAGUGGUAAUAUGAAGAUCAUGGAGUAUCUCAUUCAACAAGGGUCAGAUGUGAACAAGGCUGAUCCAAAGGGUUGGACACCAUUCAAUGCUGCUAUUCAAAAAGGUCAUCUAGAAGCUGUUAAAUUUCUCAUACAGAAAGGAGCAAAGCACAACAGAUAUGAUGGAAUGACUCCACUAUAUGCUGCAUCUCAAUUCGGUCAUUUAGACAUCGUGGAAUACUACAUUUCGAAGGGCGCUGAUGUGAAUGAAGAAGAUGAUAAUGGAAGGAUUCCUCUUCACGGUGCUGCUAUCAGUGGUAAUAUGAAGAUCAUAGAGUAUCUCAUUCAAGAAGGGUCAGAUGUGAACAAGCCUGAUCCAAAGGCGACCCCACUAUAUGCUGCAUCUCAAUUCGGUCAUAUAGAUAUCGUGGAAUUCUUCAUUUCGAAGGGCGCUGAUGUGAAUGAAGAAGAUGAUAAUGGUAGGAUUCCUCUUCACGGUGCUGCUUUCAGUGGUAAUAUGAAGAUCAUGGAGUAUCUUAUUCAAGAAGGGUCAGAUGUGAACAAGGCUGAUCCAAAGGGUUGGACACCAUUAAAUGCUACUAUUCAAAAAGGUCAUCUAGAAGCUGUUAAAUUUCUCAUAGAUAAAGGAGUCAAGCAGAACAGAUAUGGUGGGAUGACUCCACUUUCUAUUGCAGCACGAGCCGGUCAUUUAGAUGUAGUCAAAUUCUUGAUAUCUAAUGGGGCCGACGUCAAUGAGGUUGAUGACGAAGGGAUGAUUGCUCUCCACGCUGUUGUCCGUAAAGGUAACAUUGAAAUAUUUAAGUACCUCAUUCAGCAAGGCUCUGAUGUAAACAAGAGAGGCAACAAUGGGCUGACACCACUGAAUGCAGCAAUCAUGAAAGAAGAAUGUGCAACGGCAUCCAUGACGGAUCCCGAGAAACAUUCAUAUACAACACAUACCCCUAAAUCAAAGCUACACGUGCAAAAUAUCUAUAACGGGAAUACGUUCAUCCAAGCUGCCGCAGAAGAUGAAAGAAGCCCUGAAGUCUCGUUGAGGGCUCUCUCCACUGGGGCUUAUAAAGCUGAGGACCGCGCCAAUCAGGAGCUUAAUCCUUUUCCUGGUGCUAAGUCGAAAUCUCCUGAAAAAUCUGAAUAUGGUUCAACCCAGGAUGACAUUAACACGGUACAGAACAGCAUGACUACGAAACAAUGUGACCGAACAAGCGAUUCAAGCCGUCCUAUCUCGCUCGGACCUCAGAAAUGCCAAUGCAGCGGAUAUGGGCCAUCUUUCCUACAAACCCAGAACAACUUCAUUACCAGUGACCAGAUUUUAGAAGACCCAGAGUCCAGAUGCUUUUUCUUAACUGAAAAGAUCGGACAAACCAGAAAUCUGAUCAAUAAAGGAAAUGAUCGUGUCCCUCACAGAGCUUCGUCGGAGUCAAACAGGUAA